AUGACGUUGCCUGCGACCAAGCCGGGGGCUGCGGGGACCCGGCAAAGACAAGCAGGAUGCCAACCAUCAGGAAUGUGCUUCCGGUCCCCAAACACCAAGGAGGCUCCUGGUGCCAAGGACAGCUCAGCUCUCCUGUCCCUGAGCAACCGAAGUGUUCCCCUGGCUCCUGCACCUCUCCAGGCACCCUCUAAUGCCACCCAGCACAAGGACUUCAUUCGCUGCCUGCCACCCCACCUCUCCAUGUCCAUCCUGGGGCUUUUGGACCAGAAGUCCCUCAAGGCCUGUGCUGCUGUCAACAGGUUCUGGGCUUUCCUGGCCAAAGAGGUGGAGAAGGAGCGUGCUUGUCAAAGCAUGGUGCAGGAGAAGAUCCAAUAUUUGCAGGGGCUGUGCCCUCGAGGAGCAGUUAUAAACUAUGCUAAAAUAGUUGAUGUGACAAUUCCCCAGCUAAACAAAGAGGGUGAGGUCACCAGAGUGAAAGACAACGAUUCAGAAAGCCAAGUGAAGGUAGGUUGGAAGGAGGAGGAGGAAGACAACUUGCAGGCAGCCUAUCAUGAUAUCAAAACUGACACAGUCCAGCUGGAAGAGAGAAAUAUCUUCUGUGGCUGCUACAACAUUCGUGUCCUCUUGGACCAAACAGACCGCAGCAGAGUCAUCCAUUAUGAUGGGGGAGACCUGGUGGCCACUGGCUCUGCAGACCGACAGGUGAGGUUUCUUGACCUGGCACCAGAAAGGAGAGAAGUGCUGCCUGUGCUCUCUGGCCAUGUUGGCAGCAUCAAGGCACUCUUCCUCAACGAGAAGAAAGGCUCUGUCCUCAGCACAGGCUUCGACCUCAGCAUCAGGUAUUGGGAUAUAUACAGUGGUGCCUGCCUGAAGAUCUUUCAUGGGCACUCUGGGACAGUCACCUGCUUGGAUUUACAUGAAGAGCACUUUGUGUCAGGAGCCAGAGAUGGCACAUUGAAAGUGUGGGACCUGGAGCUGGGGAAAUGUCUGAGGACCCUGAAGCAUGGCAGCCCUGUCUGGGCAGUCAGGAUGGAUGGGCACCGUCUCAUCAGUGGCUGUGAGAGAGGGAGGGUGAAGGUCUGGAGUGCUGACAAAGGUGCUCUUAUCAAAACACUGGAGGGGCACCAAGGGCCAGUGAAGUGCAUGACCUUUGAUCAGUGGCACCUGGUCACGGGAAGCGCCGAUGGAUACGUCCUGGGAUGGAGCAUGUUGGGAAAGCUCAAGAGAUGCCUCACAGCUUUCCGCCACCCCAAGGAAGUGCUGUCCCUGCAGUUCCUCUACCUGAGAGUCAUCAGUGGCUGUGCAGAUGGAAAGAUUCGAAUAUUCAACUACCUGACUGGAAGCUGCCUCAAGGUGCUGACAGCCAGCAGCAGAGGGGACCCUGCAUCUGCCUUCUGUGUAGCAGAAGACAGGAUGGUGAUCAAUACUCCAACCAGUCUGCUGCUGUACGAGUUUGAGGAUGUCUGGUGGGACUAUACCCUGGACACUGACCGAGAGGUGGUGGGGAAGACCAAAAGGUUCCUUGGGAAUUACAGUACCAAAUGGCUCCAGCUCCAGCAAGCACAGGAGGACCUCAGCCAGCUGCACCACCUCGGUGGGGAGGCACAAGCUGAAGAUGAUGCCAGGCCACAAAUCACUUUGAAUCAUCAGAAGAAAAAAACUUCCAGUUGUACCAUCUCCCCUUACAAGUUCCUCUUAACGAUCAGCACCCUGCAGAACACCAGGAGGGAAGCUCAGGGCAGCUCUGGUACUAAGCAUGCUGCAAGAGACAGGGAAACAUGGAGAUCUCCAAGGCAAACCUUACUGGGCUCUCCAUGGAGGUUUCAAAGGCAAAGCUACUUGGGAUACACAUGGAAAGCUCCUAGGCAAAUCACAUUGGGAUAUCCAUGGAAACCCCCCCGGGAUCACCACCCUAGCGAGGCACAAAGCAACAAAACCUCUCUGCUAAGCAGGAAGGAUCAAUCAGUGCAGCUCCAGUAUGUCAGGCUACAGAGUGGUUCUUCAACUCUGACAAGGUUUUCUGUACCCUUUGAAACCAAACCACUGCAGCUCAAGAUGGACAGCUCUUUGUAUGGACCUGCUGUGAAGUCCUCCAUCCCUCCUCCCUCCGUUGUACGUCCCAAGAGCUCUGGCUUGCUGCAAGGGAAGAAAGGUCCCAGUGACCAGGGUGAAGUCCCUCUCCAGGAAGAUGAGGAGGAGCUCAUUGAUCCCUUUAUGGCUUCUUCGAAACUGAUCAGAUCCACACGUGUGAUAAUGGCCCAAAUGCCAAACCAAGCAACCUGCAGGAGAAAAUCAGUCUUCUGCCCACGUGCUGCAGACUUCUGUGAGUUCAGGCUUCUGACAGGGAAGCAGGAGGAGGAGAACGCAGCAGCUGCUGCAGCUCAGUACCAGGCACACCAGACCAAGCUCAGAGAAGAUGAGCAGAGAGCACGCAGGAAGGCUUGGCUGAGGAAAAUCAAAGGCUUGCCUGUAGACUCCUUCCCUGGGGAGGGGAAAACAGCUGCUCCUGAACUUGGGUACAAACCAUUCCUCUGA